UAAAAAUGAAGGCUUUUAUAGUGAUUUGUGUUUUACUUGCGCAACAAGCUUUAGGAAUUAUUUAUCGUUUAAAUGCCUCGGAGUACGCGCGUCUGCCAGAGCUGUUCUUCUUGGACCACUACCACAAAUGUCUACUGGCUCCUGGAGACACCUACUGCUACGUGGAUGCUAGACUUGUUACCAAUGAGACGAAUCAGCUGUUUACUGUCAUACAGGAAUACUCGGCCUACAGGAAAACUCACUUCGACCACACGAUCGUCCAUCGAGGCGUGUGCGUCACGCAGACUUGUCGUGAUUACCUCGACAACUCCACAGGCCUGGUUCCUGCUGUCGAAGCCUGUCUCAAUGCCACGCUUUACAAGAGUCAUGGACUUCAGACCAGAGUGUUGGAAGACUUCGUGUAUUGCAGUAAGUACGGCGAGCCUGCUGGCUACGACAUGGUCGACUAUGCCGCGGUACUACUGACAAUGGUGCUAGUACUGCUCAAUGUGGCUGGCAGUUUCAUUGAUUAUGUUGGCUGCACUGGAAAUAAGAGUAUAGGAGGCCGACUCCUGCUAUGCUUUUCAUUCAAGCGCAACUGGAAUCGCCUGCGCACAGCAAUGGGCGUCGGCCCAGAGCCGAGGCUGACACGACUGAAAUGCUUCACCGGACUCAAAACUAUCACGACGAUGCUCGUGAUCAUGGCACACUCUCCGCUGAACAUCGCAAUUUCCACCAGCAAUCCAGAGUUCCUAGAAAACUUAUACCAUAAUGCUGCAGCAACCUUCAUAUUCAAUGGGACUCUGAUCGUUCAGACCUUCUUCCUGGUAUCCGGGUUCCUUUUAGCCUAUAACAUGCUGCUGAUGGAGGAGAAACGACCAAUCAGCUGGGACAUGCUGCCGAAGGGUAUACUCAUCAGAUGGCUCAGAUUAGCACCUGUGAACGCCGUGGUCCUAGCUUUCGUAGCCACGUGGCAGAGGCAUUUGGGAAGUGGACCUUUAUGGAAGUCGUUGGUGCACAAGGAAACAACCCAAUGCAGACGCGAUUGGUUCUACAACUUGUUGUAUGUCAACAACUACGUGGACAAUUCGGACUGCAUGCCGCACACAUGGUAUUUAGGCGCGGAUAUGCAGCUAAGUGUUCUCGGGCUGGUAGUAUUCUGCCUCGUCACCAGCCCCAAGUUCCGCAAGAUGGCCGUCGCCGCCGCGUUCGUGGUUGGCGUGAUAACACCGGCGGUCCACGUCAACGUUCAGAACCUCAGCCCUAUCCUGCUUGUUUCGCCUGAAGUGGCCCGUAACAUCUUCGUGACUGAUCCCACGUUCAACAACCUGUACAAGCGCGGACACACAAAUCUAGUCAACUACGCUGUGGGACUGGCGUCGGCCAUGCUGGUCUAUGAGCUGCAGCAGCACAAGUUUGACGUCACCAAGUAUAAGAAAUAUACUCCCUUAUACUACGGGCUUCUCCUAUUCGGCCUGUUCCUGAUCUCGAGUGGCAGUUUCCUGUACAUCGACGGCAUAGAGGUUCCACUGGCGGCGCGGGCGGUGUACGCUUCCGCUUUAAGACUCCUGUAUGGACUCGCUUUAGCAGCUGGUGUCAGUGGCGCGGUCUUUAAGUUUGAAAAUCUGUAUCGCGGCGUGCUAGAGUGGCCGGUCUGGGGCCCUCUAGGCCGCCUGUCUUAUGCGGCCUUCCUGGUGCAUGUGAGCAUCAUCAGAACCGUGACUGGCGCCUAUGCUGUGUUGGCGUUCAGCUCCUUCAAUAAGCUGGUGAUGAUGUUUCUGGGAGUAUUGUGCCUUUCAUACAUAAUUGCUGUUCCGUUGUGGAUGCUGAUAGAAGUCCCCUUCUACGAGGUGGUGAAAGUCUGCUUCUACCCUAAGAAGAGGGAACAUAAGCCUGAAUUGACAAUACAUCAGUGCGAGGGAAAAAAGGACAUUAUUUAUACAGAGUAUGACCGUUUGCCGCCGCUAUUCAAGCUGGAAGAUUACUACCCGUGCCUACGAGGGCCCGGGGACCGCUACUGCUAUGUCGACGCUAAACUGGUCGCCAACGGCAGCAGUGAACUGCUUCAUGUCAUACAAGAAUAUUCUGCCGCCAACAACUUUACGCAUUACGACCACAAUUUAAUACAUUGGGGAAUCUGCGUGACGAAGACAUGUCGGCAAUAUCUCGACAACCACACAGUUCACGAGACCCUCGAGGCCUGCCUCAACUCCUCGCUCCAGCAGACCCACCAGCUCCAAGCGCGGCUGGUGAAAGAAAAAGUUUAUUGCACUGACUUUGAGGAGACUGAUAACAUAGAUACUGGGGAGAUAGUUGUGGCUGUAGUUCUGAUAACUAUUCUGACGCUUAAUAUCUUGGGAACUUUAUAUGAUGUAUGCUGUGUUUCCAAAUCUGUAGGUAAGUGGACUUAUGGACUCCUAGUGCCAUAG